UCCCAGAUUACCAUAAGUACACAAAUGAAAUAUUGCUUACCAAACCUCGAUAGUUUUACAGAGUGUUUCAACUUACAUCUAAUUUCUCUCUCUACACUCUGAGGUAAAGCAGAAAAAGGAAGAUCUAUCCAUCAAUGGAGCACCACAGCUCCACCACCACCACCAGCGGCCUCCACCAACCGAUCACCCGAUCCGACCCGAACAGCCCGUACCCGACGACCUUCGUGCAGGCCGACACCUCCUCCUUCAAACAAGUCGUCCAAAUGCUGACCGGCUCGACCGACUCGGCCCGCCACUCGAUCCCGCCCAUUAAAACCGGGCCCCGCAAGGACAAGUCCGGAUCCAAGCUCUACGAGCGGCGCAACGGCCUCAACAAGAGCUUCAAGAUCAACCCACUGGGCCCGGGUAUCCGGCCGGGUCUGGUUCACGGGUCGCCCCGACCCGGAACCCCCGAUAUCCUCUCCCCCAGUAUUCUCGAUUUCCCGUCGCUGGCGCUCAGCCCGGUCACGCCGCUCAUACCCGACCCGUUUGACCGGAUUGGGCGACCCGGUUCCCGGCUGGAUACGGCGGCGGAGGAUAAGGCGAUUGGUGAUAAGAGUUUUUAUCUGCACCCGUCGCCUGCGAAUACUCCCAGGGAUUCGGAGCCCCGACUUCUGCCCCUGUUUCCGCUGAUGUCACCAAGAGCUACGGAAUCUUGAGUGAGUUUUUAUUUUUAUUUAUUUUUGAUGAUUUGGAGAUUUAUGAGGGAAAUGUACUGUUUUGUUUUAUCAUUGGCGAUUCAAAAGCGGGGAAAUUAAGGAGAGGGGAAAAAUAAUUUAAUAAAAAAAGGAAAAAAGAUUCCAACUUUUGCUUGAA